GAGAUUUAUGAGAUUGUUUGAAUAUGAAGAAGCAUAACCUACGAGGGGCUCUCAUUGCGGGUGUUGUCAGGCGGCGACGGGAGAGAGCAUCUCGGCGUCGCUUGCGGCGACGAGGAAGAGAGAAGGGAAGGAGGAGUAGGGGAAGGUUUUCCUCGUUUCUCCUUCCCUCACGCUUUUCCAGCUUCCCCCCUCCCUCUAUUCCCCUGCGAGUGGCUUCUCGGUGGGUGCGAUGAAGAGCAUCGGUAUCUUCGCAGUACGAUUUCUUAGAUCCUGUUGGGAUUUCGGGCAGCGGCUCGAGAUCUGCUGAUUUUGUGACUAAGAAGAGCUAGAUCUGGCGUUACGGAGGCGUUUGGGUUCGAUAUUAAGGAAACAUUUAAAUGGAGAACUAUCCAGGAAGAGUUAAUGGUGCUGGACAAUUUUAUCCUGAUCGAAUUUCUGAUAGAAAAUCAAGGUUUUGGCAAAUUGAUAACCAACCAAUUUCAAAAUCUGAAGUUAUUUGUCCUCAACCUUGUCGACCUACAAGAGUGUCUUGCUUAACUAAUACUCUCAGUAGAGCUAGUUCAAAGUCAAAGGGUGUGAAGCCAAUGUACAGGAUGGAUUGUGCUGCUGAGAUUCUUGAUCUUUUGAACCAGGAUGAGUGGGACAAUGAUGGAUUCUUCUGUGGUUCUCCUCCCGUGCGUGCCAACAAUCCAGUUAUCCAUGACCCCCAAUUUGUCGUACAAUCCCAGUCCUUCGCUUCUUCCAUCGGCAAUUCGCCCAGUGUGAUGCAAGCUGGAAGACUUGAGAGAGGCUCACCAACAUGUGGUUCUUCAGUUGGGGGCAGUCCUAAGGUGAGAAUUGAAGGAUUUGCUUGUAGCAGCCCUGGGAAGCAUCAUGUUGCACCAGCUUUAGCUUGAGCUCUUCUAACAAAAAAUCUUGACCUGAUUGCCUGUGUAAAUUUGCCAUCUAGUCCCGAAUUGCGUUAUGUACCUUAGCGAUCACCGAUGUCUAGUGAUGAUCCUAUCCCAGCUGUUGAAGCUGUCGAAACACCAGUCUCGAGUCGAGUUUGAUUUUGUAAAUAUUUGAGGUUUUAAACGCAAGGUAUGUGUAUAGUUAACCAUGUCUUAUCGAUCUCGAAGUAAUGAUAUGUAGUACGACAAGCUAAUGUAAAUCUAAACAAGUUUCUCUGUAUCAGAUGUGUGAUCCAUCAUCCAA